AUGUUUAUGCAAGGUUGGGAGGCUGGUGGGGUGGCGUGGGUGUGGCGGCGUAGAUUGUGGGCGUGGGAGGAGGAGUUGUUGGGAGAGUGUCAGUCGUUACUUUCUACCCUUUCUUUGCAGGAUCAUGUUUCAGAUAGGUGGCAGUGGCAGUCUGACUUGGACGAUGUGUAUACUGUUCGUGGUGCAUAUCAGAUAUUGACUUCUCACGAUGCGGUUACCUUGGAUGCUGCGUCAGAUCUCAUUUGGCACCGCCAGGUUCCUUUGAAGGUUUCCAUCUGUGCCUGGAGACUAUUACGAGACAGGUUACCUACCAAAGCAAACCUGGUUACUCGAUGGAUUUUAUCUGAGGCGGACCAUCAUUGUGUUUCUGGUUGCGGAGAGAUUGAGACAGUUCAGCAUUUGUUCCUUUCAUGCAGUACUUUCGGUGCCCUUUGCCCCUUGUUAGUUCUUGGAUCGGCUCUCCUUUGGUGA